AUGCAGCUUGUGCAUCAACCUCUGCUCAACCACUCGCCUUUUCUGUCCUCUGAUGAAUCACGAUUUUUGAUGCACACUUUUGCGACGCAGACAGCGCAAAUGCUAUUCCCAGCGGCCCCUGAAUUCUUCCUGCAGAGAGUGAUCAGUUCUGCAAUGGAGACGCCACAUCUUCUCUACGCGCUCUUGGCCAGCUCGUGCAGUCACCAUAGCCGACUCAUUCAAGACUCAAGUCCAAAGCCGAAGAUGAUAUGCCUGAAAUACACAAACUUGGCUAUAGCUGGACUCAGAGAAGCCCUCUGUGACCCAGAGCAGGUGACGAAGCCCGAGAUUGUCACUACUGCAAUGGCCUUGUGCACAAACGAUGUCUGCAAUGGAAACAUGAAGAUAUGGCGGACUCACCUUCGCGGAGUUUUGCGAAUCCUGAUGGCAGUUCUGGAACAUCAAAGGGUGUCGCUCAAGGUGAUGAAUGAUCCUUUCAUUCAAUGCCUAGUUAAUUGGUUCAAAACCAUGGAUAUUCUAGCCGCCUUGUCGGGAGUUCAUGGUGAGUGUAUUCAUAACCCUGGCAAUGGGCCGUUGAACUCACUUUCGGACUAUACAACCCGGCAUGUGGAUGAUAUUAGCGGCUACUCGAUGGAACUUAUUCCGAUACUGGCAGAAGUGUCCAACUUGGCCAGUCAAAUACGACUAUAUGAACCGGGAGAAACCGCCGCUGGAAAGGAGUACAUACCAUCCCCAGAGACAAUGAUGCAGGCCGAUGAACUCGAAUCAAAGCUUUUUCAACUUCUGGACCGACCUGUUUGUAAUGAAACAUUGUCUCGUGGAGGCAGCUUUGCUUUGGAGCUACAGAGCACACAUCUUGCUUUUGUCCACUCGGCAUUACUUCACCUACACCGGCGUGUGCAGUUGCAUCCCAAGGGCCAUAUCAAGGUCAGAACCGAUGUCAAGAAUAUCCUCGAUGCCUUGAGCCUGAUUGAACCAAAUUCAUCUAUGAACAUACUCAUUCUCUGGCCGAUAUUCAGUGCUGGAUGUGAGACGGAAGAGAGCGAGGAGCGGAAUACGAUAUUUGCACGCAUGGGAAACAUGCAAAAGCUCGGCAUGGGUAAUUUUACAAGAUCCAGGGAGGUCUUGCGAAAAUACUGGAUAUCUGGUAGUCAAUUACCGUGGGAUAUCUACCUUGCACGGCUUGGGCUCGAGCUUGUUCUGUUUUAA